AUGCCAUCUUGGUUCAUCACUGGUACCUCUCGCGGCCUAGGCUUGGAGUUCGUCAAGGAGCUCAUCAAAGACCCUUCCAACGUCGUUAUCGCCACUGCCCGAGACAUCAGCGCCCCAGGUCUCGCGGCUCUCCCCAAGUCUGACCGUCUACACCUCCUCACUUUGGACGUUUCCAAAGAGGAGCAUUUUGUUCGUGUCGUGGCUGAGACCGAGAAACUUCUUCCCAACGGUCUCGAUUAUCUUAUCAACAACGCUGGUGUUGACUACCAGACCAACCAGACAUUCGGAAACGACGUCGAUUUCAAAGCGUUCCACGAGGAAUUCGAAAUCAAUGUCAUCGCACCCUUACGCCUCACCCGAGUUCUCACCCCUCUCAUCAACAAAGGCACUGCUAAACGCGUAGCUUUCCUCACUUCCGAAAUGGGUUCUAUCACCGCCGCCAUCGGCAUUCCUUUCUUGGGCGAUACCUAUAGUACUACCAAAGCCGCGCUCAACAUGGCUGUCAGGAAGUACGGCGCUGCAUUGAAAACCGUGGGAAGCGAUAUUAUAUUACUUUCUAUCUACCCCGUAACAGGCUACAUCCCCGGGACGGAGCUCGCCAAUCGUCUCGUUCCUUACUUCGACAAGUACGCUCCUUCUUACCCCAGGACGCCCAUCGACGAAGGAGUUUUGGGUACCCUCAAAGUCAUCAAGGAGUCUACAAAGGAGGAUCACGCCAAGUUCCUUUCGCACAAGCACACCGACAUCGCUUGGUAA